AUGGGAUUGCAGCUUAUUUUGCUGCUAGUUAAGCUACAUUUUGUUAUAUGUACACCCCAUCUUCAUGAAUAUACUGGCACCAAUUUGCACCAUUUGAGAAUCCGAAGCCCUGCAAGCAUUGCAUUCCCACCAACAGAAUCACCUUCUGGAGGUCCUUCCAGUAUUGCACUUCCACCUUCCAAGGCAUCUUCUGGAAUUCCCGGAAUUAUUGCACUUUCACCUUCCCAAUCAUUCCCCAAAAGAAAAUGGGCGCACAGUUCUAUGGGCACUCCAAUACCACACCAUAAGCAUCACCAUUCCAGAAGAAAGUCCAGCAACCACGUUCCUGGGCCAACCUAUUCAAUCAGCCCUCAUACUCAUCAAGCUCCUCCUCCAGUCUUCAAAUCACAACAUUCAUUCUCUUCACCUAUGAGCCGGGAUUUACAUGCACCCGCGCCAGCACCAACAGUUCUACCACACCACUUGAAUGUGCCCUCUACUUCACCUAGAAUUUCACCUCUAGGUUCAUCAGUGAAGAAGACAAGUACUCCACCAGGAGCAUAUGCUAUGGUUCUACCAUCUCCACCGCCUAACAAAGAUUGUAUGUCGGUGACAUGCUCUGAGCCCUUGACAUAUACACCUCCAGGAUCACCUUGUGGUUGUGUCUGGCCACUUCAAGUUAAACUUCGCAUCAGCAUUGCGAUAUACAAGUUUUUUCCUUUGGUUUCCAAGCUGACCAAAGAAAUUGCAGCUAGUGUUUUGCUGAACCGUAAUCAAGUACGCAUUGUGGGAGCCGAUGCAACUACCCAGCAGCUCGAGAAAACCACUGUUCUCAUAAACCUGGUACCCCAAGGAGUGAAAUUUGAUGAUACAACAGCCUUUUUAAUAUUUAAGAAAUUCUGGCAGAGAGAAAUUCUCAAUGAUGCUUCUGCCUUUGGUGCCUAUGAAGUGCUCUAUGUUCAUUAUCCAGGCCUUCCACCAUCUCCACCUUCAAAUGUUUACGUUGAACCAUACCAUGGUCAAGACAACAAUGGAACAAUAGUGAAACCUUUAGGAGUAGAUGUCUCAAGGAAGCAAAAAGAAGGGAGUGGUGGAAGAAUGGGUAUUAUGAUCCUCCUGUCAUCUUUUACCGCCUUCGUUCUAUUCAUUGGAGUUGCCUGGCUUUUUCUCUUGAAAUGUGGUUCCUGCACUAUUGAACCUGAACAUAUUCCAGAUGCCAAAAUUCCAACCUCUUCAAAGCUAUCAGGUACUGCCAGUGCUAGGUCAUUGAUUUAUGGGAGCAUGCCAGGUUCUGAAUCAAUGUCCUUCAGUUCAGGAACAAUAAUCUAUGCAGGAUCAGCUAAAAUAUUUACUUUGAAUGAAAUUGAGAAAGCAACAAAUAACUUCAAUUCUUCAAGCAUACUAGGAGAAGGUGGCUUUGGUCUUGUUUAUAAAGGUGACCUACAUGAUGGCACAGAUGUGGCAGUGAAGAUUCUCAAAAGAGAUGACCAGCAUGGUGACCAUGAAUUCUUUGCAGAGUCAGAUAUGCUUAGCCGCUUGCACCAUAGGAAUUUAGUUAAAUUGAUAGGUACAUGCACAGAGAAACAGACUCGCUGCUUAGUCUAUGAGCUUGUCCCCAAUGGCAGUGUGGAAUCUCACUUACAUGGUGUUGACAAGGAAACCGAACCACUUGAUUGGAAUGCCCGGAUGAAGAUUGCACUUGGUGCAGCUAGGGGAUUAGCUUAUCUGCAUGAAGAUUGUAAUCCAUGUGUCAUACAUAGGGACUUCAAAUCCAGUAACAUCUUAUUGGAAGAUGAUUUUACACCUAAAGUUUCGGAUUUUGGAUUGGCAAGAACAACACUGAACGAGGGAAACAAGCACAUCUCAACGCAUGUUAUUGGAACAUUUGGCUACGUAGCUCCUGAAUAUGCAAUGACAGGACAUCUUGUCGUCAAAAGUGAUGUUUACAGCUAUGGAGUUGUACUCCUUGAGCUCCUAAGUGGAAGAAAGCCUGUGGAUUUUUCACAGCCACCAGGUCAAGAAAACCUUGUUGCUUGGACUCGUCCACUUCUUACAAGUAAGGAGGGUUUGCAGGAGAUUAUAGACCCAGUUAUAAAGCCCAGUGUUUCUGUCGAUACCAUUGUAAAAGUUGCAGCAAUUGCAUCCAUGUGCGUGCAACCAGAAGUCACUCAGCGUCCUUUUAUGGGUGAAGUUGUUCAGGCCUUGACGCUGGUAUGCAGUAAGUUUGAGGAAACAUAA